AUGGUGGAUGACGCAAAGACGCUUUUUGGAACGUAUGCGCUGAGCAAGCUGAACGGAAAGGGUGUCACAAAGGGUGAGUGGGAUGCCCCCUCGCUGACGCUGGUGGAAGAUGGAGAUAAAGUGCGGGUUCAUGUGAAUGUGUCCAACAUAAUGAACGGCGUCCUGAGUUACGAAAACGGCAGGCUUACUGGAAUGCUCAUGACGACAGUGAUGAUGGGACCACCGUUUCAUAUGGAUGUGGAGCGUGCCCUUGGUGUUGGAUUUGAAAAGGGAAUGCGGGCCUCGCGCGAGGGUGACAGCCUGACCCUUUCCCACGGCGAGGACACUCUGGUAUUUGUUGCAGAUGGCAGCACCGCUGCAUGA